AUGCGGGUCUUUGGCAGGAUGCGUGCGAUGCCGACUUUUGGUCAAGACAAGAUUCGCCGGUUUUGGAAGGAUGUGAGCUCUCGCAAGCAGCUCGCAGCUCGGGACUACGAGGACUUCUUGAUAGUCAUGAUACCUGCAUUUGAAGGGCUCAUGCCACUACGCGACGACCAAACCAUCGCCGACCUGCUCUUCGAGCUCGCAAACUGGCACGCGCUUGCGAAGCUGAGGCUACAUACCGCCGUCACGAUCAAGAUCCUCCGCGCCGCAAUGACACACAUGACGGACGCCAUGCGGCACUUCGCGGCAACAACCUGUGAGCAAUGGGAGACGCACGAGCUCCCUAGGGAAGUUGAUGCCCGCGUGCGCUGUAAGGAGAAGCGCGGUCGCAAUGUACCGCCCGAAGCUCGCGAACGCCGCACAGUGCACUACAACACGCUGAACACCUUCAAGUUCCACAGUGUCCCGGAUUACCCCGAUGCAAUCGAGAUGACUGGCCCGAGUGACACCGGGAGCACGCAAGUAGUAAGUGACCAAAUAUUCGCCAGCUUCCUUUGCUAA